GGUUGUACCAAACUGUACAAACAAUAAAUGCAGUCAAGGAGUUCCCCUCAGAGUGACAACUGAAGCAAAGAAGCCAAAAGAAUAGUUACUCGUUUACACCAAAAACGUGAAUCUCUGUGUCGAUAAUCCCCAGAAACCCACACCUACUGCGUGAAUACACGUCAACAGCUUCAGUACCCGUAAAAUUUACCAUGUCGCCGUCCGGCGACGAUUCUACUGUUGCCGGCGACGGUUGUUUAUGCGAAGACGGCGGCGAUGGACGGAAAAAGUGUCAACAAUGCGAACGAAAGUCAAAGAAGAGUGGUCUUACAUCGUCUUCGUCUUCAUAUGCUUUGCUUAGCUUCGAUUCGUUUCCGGUUGAAGAUUAUGAUAAGCGGUGGAGGAUCUUCACUGCCUCUGUGAAAGGAUUUGCCAUUGGAGCUGGUAUUAAAGGCGGCUUAUCGCUCUUCGCAAUCCUUGCUCGAUUGCGGCGUCGACGAUCGUUAUCUUCUGCUAAGAAGGUGCACAUGGCUUCAGGUGGUGAAGAUUUAAUUUUAGCAGUAAAAGAAACACUGAGAUAUGGUCUCUUCCUUGGCACUUUUGCUGGGACAUUUGUGUCUGUUGAUGAACUUAUAGCUGCUUUAGGAGGACACCGAAGAACAGCAAGAUGGAGGGCUUUAUUAGCAGGAGCAAUAGCUGGACCUUCAAUGCUCCUUACAGGAUUCAACACACAACACACAAGUUUAGCUGUUUAUAUUCUCAUGCGUGCAGCUGUUCUUGCUUCACGUUGUGGAAUAAAAAGCAAAAGAUUUGGGCGAAUUUGUAAACCUCUCACGUGGGCCCACGGAGACCUUUUCCUAAUGUGUCUCUCAUCUACCCAAAUUCUGUGUGCAUACAUCUUAAAGCAAGACAGUUUACCUCAAUCAUACAAAUCUUUUCUCAAUAAACAUGGUGGAAAAGACCCAAUUAUCCUUCAGGGUAUUAGAGAUAUUGCUUGUGGUAUGCCUUUUACUAAUCUUGAUCAAAUACAGAAGUACUACAAGAGCACAGGUGUUGAUGUAGUGCUCGACCCUCAAAUGAAAGUUCCUUGUUCGAUUAUACAUGAAAAUCAAUCGUGUAGUUGGCAUGCAAUUUCGUUCUUUAUUCAAGCAUAUAAAAGAGCAAUACCUGUUUAUCUUCCAGUUUAUUUGAUUCCUGCACUUAUAGUACAUCGUCAAGGACUUGCAAAUCGGCCUUUCACAAUAUUGGCUAAAGGUCUUUUUGGUACUGCAAGAUCCAGCCUGUUUCUCUCCACAUACUGUACUUCAGCCUGGGUUUGGACAUGCUUCCUCUUCAGACUUUUCAAGAGAUGUAAUGUUGCCAUGUUGGCAUUGGGCACGUUCCCAACGGGUUUAGGAUUGGCAAUUGAGAAGAAGAGCAGAAGAAUAGAAAUCUCACUCUACUGUCUAGCACGAGCCAUUGAGAGCUUUUUCACAACAAUGUCUGAAAUCGGAUACAUGCCACAUUUAAAGAAUUUAAAAAGAGUUGAUGUGUUGAUUUUUAGCUUAUCAACAUCAAUCAUAAUGCAUUGUUAUGCGAUUGAAAGAGAUGUUUUUCGCUCAAAGUACUUGAAUGUGCUUGAUUGGGUGUUUGGUGUGCCUCUUCCUCCAUAUGACACCACCCCACGAAAAAACAAGAAUCAAACCGUGGUCUGAAGUGAAGAACAUGUUUGGGUUAAGGUUAAUGACACUAUUUCACAU